AUGUCUUCUGUCAAAGUUGCUGUCCGUGUAAGACCAUUUAAUAGGAGAGAGAUUCUAAUGAACAGUGAAUGUGUCAUAUCGAUGUCGGGCCAAUCUACAAGUAUUAGAAAACCAAACUCUAAAGAACCUUCUAAAGUAUUUGAAUUCGACUACAGUUACUGGUCACAUACAGAUAAAUCGGAUCCAUUAUACGCAGAUCAAAAACAAGUUUACAAUGAUAUUGGUAACGAUGCUCUUAACCAUGCCCUUGAAGGAUAUAAUGUGUGCAUAUUCGCUUAUGGUCAAACAGGAUCAGGAAAAUCUUAUACUAUGAUGGGUAAACCAGGUGUUGAAGGUCAAGAGGGUAUUAUACCACAAUUAUGCCGUGAUCUUUUCAAAAAAUUGAACAGAACAACUUCUGGUCAAAUCAUACAACAUAUGGUUGAAGUAUCAUAUAUGGAAAUUUAUUGUGAACGUGUAAGAGAUUUACUGGAUCCAAAAAGUAAAGGAAAUUUACGUGUAAGAGAGCAUCCUAUUCUUGGACCAUAUGUUGAAGAUUUAUCAAAAUGUGCUGUUAUCUCAUUUGAUGAAAUUAAUGAAUUGAUUGAUGUGGGUAAUAAAGCAAGGACCGUUGCUGCUACUAAUAUGAAUGAAACAAGUAGUAGAUCACAUGCUGUCUUCACAAUAGUUGUAACGCAAAAAAUUGAAGAUUUAUCGUAUGGUACAACAAGCGAAAAAGUCAGCAAAAUAAGUCUAGUUGAUUUGGCUGGAAGUGAAAGAUCAGAUGCUACAGGAACAACUGAUAUUCGUUUAAAAGAAGGAGCAAAUAUAAAUAAAUCACUUACAACACUGGGAAAAGUAAUUGCUGGAUUAGCUGAUAUGAGCUCAAAACGAAGAAAGAAGACUGAUUUUAUACCAUAUCGUGAUUCUGUACUUACUUGGUUAUUAAAAGAAAAUCUUGGUGGAAAUUCACAUACAACAAUGAUUGCAGCCUUAUCACCAGCGGAUGUAAAUUUUGAUGAAACUUUAUCAACUCUACGUUAUGCAGAUCGUGCUAAAAGUAUUGUAUGCAAGGCAAUUAUCAAUGAAGAUCCAACAGCAGUUUUAAUUAGAGAAUUAAAAGCUGAAGUAGCACGUUUAAAGCAAAUUCUGAAGAUGGAAGAUCAAAUGAAAACCUCUAUUACCAUUGGAACUUCACCUAUAACAAAUCAACAUUCUACAGAAACAUUUAUAUAUGAAGAUGAAACAACUUUAGAAGCAUUAAAAGCUUCUGAAAAGUUAAUUGCUGAAUUAAAUGAAACAAUGGAGAUGAAACUUAGAAAAGCUGAAAAACUCAGAGAACAAAGAGAAAAUGAAUUAAUGGAAAUGGGAAUAGCUAUUCAUGAUGGUGGUGUCAGAGGUGUAUUUUCUCCAAAAAAUACUCCGCAUUUAGUGAAUCUGAAUGAAGAUCCAGCCAUGUCAGAAUGUCUUAUUUACUAUCUUAAAGAAGGAAAAACUGUAGUUGGCCGAUUGGAAUCUGAAUCAAGAGUUGAUAUUGGAUUAAGUGGUCCACUUAUUCAUAAUGAACAUUGUAUUUUCUAUACUGAAGGAAGUAUGGUUGAAUUUGAGCAGCUUAAUGAAGCUGAAUGUUAUGUAAAUGGAAGUCUAGUUACAAAACGCAUUCAACUUCAUACAGGAGCUCGUGUAAUUUUAGGCAAAAGCCAUGUGUUUCGUUUCAAUCAUCCACUUCAAAGUCGCGAGAAAAAGAAUCUUCCCGUCGAUAUGUCAGCAAGUGUUACAGAACCAAUUGACUGGAAUUAUGCCAUCAGUGAAUUAUUAGAAAAACAAGGUGUUGAUUUAAGAAAAGAAGUUGAAAAUCGUCUAAUACAAUUAGAAGAACAAUAUCGUCGUGAGAAAGAACAAUCUGAUCGAUUAUUUGCUGAACAGCGAAAAGAGUAUGAAGGUCGAAUACAAAGUUUGCAAGAACAAGUUGAACGUCAUUCAAUGUUAGAAUCUACGAUCCAGGAAGAAAUAGUUGGUGAAACGGAACAUAAUGAAAAUAUAUAUGAUUGUAAAUGGGGAGAUCGUGAAUAUGAAUUAGCUCGAUGGGUUUUUAAUAAAUGGACUAAUCAUCAAUUUACAUCACUACGGGAUCAAUUAUGGGAAAACGCUGUCUAUCUUAAAGAGGCAAAUGCACUAAGUGUAGAACUAAAUAAAAAGGUUCAAUUUCAAUUUGUUUUAUUAACUGCUACACCAUAUACACCUAUUCCAAAUGAAUUAAAUCCUUUGGAUAAAUCAAAUUAUGAUUCAUGUGAAAAUCAAUGCAGUGAAUGUUCAUCCAUACAAAGUUUACCGGAAGUAGAAAAUGAAAUAAACCAAUUAUCUAAUCCAUAUUGGUAUUCAUUAGAAAGAAUCUAUAAAAAUAAACUAAAAAAUCCAACUAUUUUAGUUAUAGAAAUUCGUGAUCUUUUAAGUAAUGCAAUACAGUAUUGGAGUUUGAAUACAUUUCAACGUCGUCUUCAAGCAAUGCAUGAUUAUUAUGAAGCAGAGACAGCAUUUUCUCCAAUACUGAAAACUACUGAAUAUAAUACACUGAAUGAGAAAUUGUAUAAUUGCAGUGAUAAUGAAAUGCCAUUUAAUGACAUUAAAAAGGAUCCAUUUCGAAAUGAGUUUCCUUGGUAUCAUAAAAUUGGCAGAGGUCUGUUAUACUUAAAGAAUUUAUACUAUGGGAUUCCAAUGACCAGUCAAGUCACUUUGUUAAAUGAACAUAGCUCAAUAACUGGCAUUUUAACUAUUGAGGUUCAACCUAUUCUUAAUUUAAACCGAUCUGAAAAUAAAAUGACAAACGAUCAAGCUAAUUGUCAAUCUGAAGUUAAUGUAAAAACAAAUGAAUGUGAUGAAUUGGAAAUUGUAUUUGAUAACUUACAAUAUAUUAAAUGGCGAUCUUCAUUGUCACCUGAAAAGAGUUUUAAAACAAAUAAUUAUGAUAUCAAUGGAAAACUUGUUGGUAUACCAAAAGAUAAUUGUUUAUUUGAUCAGAAGGAAAGUUUGAAUAAACAAUUCAGUGAUUAUGAUAAAGAGAAUGAAUUGAGAUGUAGACGUCGUUGUCAGUUUUCUCAUGAAUCAACAUUGACCGACCAUCAGAAAUCUAGUGAAGAAUGGAUAAUGGAUUCUUUACAAUUCUCAGAAAAUGAUUUACCUAAUUUCUUAAAGCUUGGUGAAAUAUUCAAAUUUCGUAUUAAUAUUUUAAAUGCAAAGAAAUUCAAUUCAUCUUUUACUGAUAUUUUUUGUCAGUAUAGAUUUCAACAUCAACAUAAUGAAGUUUUUUCAACGGAUACUGUACAAUAUAAUAUGGAAAUAGAUGGUGUUAAUAUUAUGCAAUUACAAAAUUUCAAGGUGAUAAAUACCGUUGGAUUUCUCGAUUAUAUUCUUAACUAUCCACUGGAAUUUGAUGUUUAUGGACAUUUUGUCGAAAAAACCUCAGAAGAUCCUCAAAUACCAAGUACUCAAAAUGUUUUAAAGUGUUACCGACAUUGUGUGCCUCCAACCCUCCCGAGUUCAGCCCCUGUACCUCCAUUACGUUUGUCCAAUUCAGAGACAUUUAAAAGUUCUGAAAUAGUACAACGUUAUGACAUACUUGUAUGGUUUGAAAUAUUAGAACUAAAUCGUAAUGGAGAGUACGCACCUGUCCCAGUUGAUCGACUAGACGAAACCCCAUGUCAAGGAGUGUUUCUUAUUCAUCAAGGAAUUCAAAGACGUCUAGCAAUAACUUUGGUACAUGAAUUUCUUGAUCCAAUAAAAUCUGAUAGAAUAGACAAUCAACUGAAUUGUUCACAUACAUGUCUUUUUCAAGGAAUACAUGAAGUAGUCGUUGGUCGAGUACGUGAAAAUCCUGAAUGGUUAGAUUCAGAUGAGCAUACGCAUAUCUUAUCACUUUCGUUAUUGCCCGCUCAACAAAUACAUGAAACAAGCAGUGAUCGUAUAUCGUUUCGAUUUGAAGCCGCAUGGGAUUCAUCACUUCAUGCCUCAAAUUUAUUAAAUCACGUUACACCAUACGGACAACGUGUCUACAUGACAGUGUCAUCCUAUUUGAAAGUAGAUGGUUGCCGUCGACCGGUUUGUAUGACAAAAGAUAUCGCUAUGAUUGUAUUGCCCAGAGAAUCUAAAUUUAUGACACCAAGUCCACGUCUCAUACCAAAUCCUACUCGUGCUAUACUUAGGUCUUUAUGGUCGAUUUGGAGUGCAUUUUCCAAAAGCUUGGAAGCAAAUCAUGUCACGUCUGUAUAUGAUUUACAGCUUGGACACACUGCAUCAAAAAAUCAAAAUAUUUAUAAUAAAUCAGUCAUGGACACUAGUCUGACAUAUGUUAGAGGUGAGGAAAAUAUAAAAGGUUGGAGACCAAGAGGAGAUUCUUUGAUUAUUGAACAUCAAUGGGAAUUGGAACGUUUUCAUCGCAUUUCAUUGGUGGAGAAAACUAGACACUUGUUGAAACUUCGUGAAAUUUUAGGAACUAAACAGAAAUUAAUCUCAAAUUGUUAUAAUCGUUCUGAUACAAUUAAAGCAAAAGUACCAGAUAGCUUGAAUUGUUUAGAAAAAUCUUCAUUAUCCCCUACUAAUAAGUCCUCUUCUCCAAAAAGACCAACAUCACUAGAUCUAACAAAUAAACGAGAAAAUAAUACAAAUAACAAAGAUUUGAAAAGUACAUCAAAUACUGAAGAGAUUAUAAAACAAGUUAAUGAAAAUAAUUUAUCAAGUCAUCAAACUGAAAUGUCUAAGAAUCAUUUACUCAUAACGAAAUGUUUGACAGCUUUAACUAAUUAUAUGCCGAUUAGCAAAUGUUUAAUCCGACAUUUUGGAGUUACAACUAAGCAACCAUAUCUAAUUGACUCUAUUACUAGUAAUAUUUCAACAACGAGUAUAUCAAAAUCCGAUAGUGAUUUUCAUUCGGAUGAUAAUAAAAUUAAUACACAAAUGGAUAUGAUAGGCAGUGUGUAUUCUGAUCAAGCUGCUGAAAUAAAUUAUAGAUCAUUUAGUUCUGGUAUACCUAGAUCAGCCACAACUGAUUCAAUUCAAAAUAUACUUACCGGAGAAAGUUACUUUUCAUCAAGUUAUUUAGUUGGUGAAUGUGAUGAGGUUCGCGUUAGCCCAGUGAUUAGUCGUAAAGGAUAUCUAUUAGUGCUAGAGGAAAGAACAGCUGGCUGGUUACGUAGAUGGGCUGUUGUCCGUAGACCUUUCCUGUAUCUCUAUAAUCAUGAAAGGGACUUUAUUGAAAGGGGUCUUAUAAAUUUGACUACCUCACAGAUAGAAUAUGAUAUGAAUAUGGCGUAUAUUACAAAAGACGAUUUAUUAGAUGAUGCGAAAACAAAUUCUGUCCAUUUGAUUUCUAAAAAUGAAUCAAUUAUGUCGCCAACAUCAUUAUUUCCAAGUAAAGUGAAUAUGUUCACUUUGAUAACGAACACGCGAACUUUAUUAAUACAAACAAUAACAGAAGAUGGUUCAGAUAUUCAUGAUUGGCUGUAUGCACUUAAUCCUUUGAAAGCAGGGGAAAUUCGUUCUCGUUUAGGAAGAAAAAGGAGAACAAGGAAAUUAGAUAAAUUGGAACAUUAUAGUAAAUAA